AUGUCUGGGAAACUUAUUCUCGUCACAGGCGCUACCGGAUUCAUAGCGGGCCAAAUCAUCGACCAUGCCUUAGAAGCUGGGUAUCGCGUUCGCGGGACAGUGCAGACGGCCAAGUUGGACAAGCUCAAGGCUGUUACAGUUCCCGGCCUAGAGUUCGUUGAAGUAAACGACAUUGUGACCGCCGACUUGACCGAUGUGCUGAACGGCAUCGAUAUCGUCAUUCAUGUUGCCGCCCCGCUUCCCAGCAAGGCGACAGUGGAAGAUUCGCUCAAGAUUGCUAUGGAAGGACCUCUGAAUGUUGUUCGUCAGGCAGAGAAAUUCGGAAUCACGAAGAUCAUAGUUACGUCUACCUUCGGUGCCCUCAUGGAUCCUUCUUUGGUUCCUGCGUUUACGGGAAAUACCUUCAAGGAUUCUGACUGGGGCGCUACAUCCAAAGAAGAGAUUCUUGACCGCGACACCGACAUCUUCUACUGCUACUUCGGCGGUAAAAAUCUCGGAGAGCGGGCGCUUUGGAAUUUCGCCCGCGAACACCCUCAUCUCGAUAUCACAACCAUUCUUCCCGGCUUCGUAUAUGGCCCAUAUUCAAAGAAUCUCCCGAAGCCAAGCAGUCUCGCGGAAAUGGGAACUAACACCUUCCCGUACAUGGUCGCAAACGGCCUAAUCCCACCUUUCGGCCCUCCAUUCGUCGUGGACGGACGCGACGUCGGCCGCGCGCACGUCAACGCGAUCGACCUUCCGCCGUCGUCUAAUAUUGGCUCGAAGCGCUUCAUCGUCAAUGCCGGAAAUUAUUCCUGGAAGGAGCUCGCUGCUCACCUACAGAAGACAAGGCCAGAACUCGAUGUACCCCCACAAGAGGCUUUCGCCGACUUCCCUGGUCCCCUGUCGACUCUGGAUGGGUCAAAGGCGCAGCAGGUUUUGGGUAUCAAAGAGUACAUCUCUCCAGUAAAGACGAUGGAGGAUAUUAUUGAUGACUUGGAGUAUACGAAGGCAUGGACGGCAUGA